AUGGCGAGAAGGUACCGUAUCUCGUCCUCCAGGGUGAACAAACUGAAGGAUGCCGUUACAACGAACUCACACGUGCAGAAUCCAACACGUGUUGAAGUUGCAACGGCACUCCUUCAUAAAUGUGGAGUGACUGCAGCAGCGAUGGCUAGUGAGUCAGGCACGCUCCGACCCUCUUUAUUGUGCAAUGCGAUAAGAUUACGUCCAACGCUGCGCCAGAUGAACACCAUAGGUAAUCUUGUUACUUACCUUGUCUCAUUUGCAGCUACGGAAGAUGACAUACAAGUGCCUAAUUACGUUGCUCUACUACGCAAGGCGAAAUAUGAAUUUCAAGACAAGUUUAAGGCUAAUAUGAAUAAUCCAAAUGAGGUGCUAGACUCUCAUACACAUGAAAAAAUUAAAUUUGGUAAAAAUAUAAUUGAGGGGCAUAAACCUGAUUUGUAUUUCUGUACAAGCUUGUGCAAUUUCGCGGUAUACGAUGCAGCUGAUUUUGGAUGGGGCAGGCCUGUAAGAGUGACUGUACCGGGUCGUCGAGAUCCAGAGAACUACUUGUAUUUCAUGGAUGACCCGAGUGGAGAUGGCAUAGAUGCGGUAGUCACAUUGAGAGAGAAAGACAUGCCAUUUUCUUGA